ACAACGAACCCUUGAAUUACUGAAACCAAUCACACAACUUUCUUUCCAUUUUGGAUUUACUGUUUUGGAAAAGCGAACGAUUACAAGGACAUUGACUCGCGCCAACUGCUGUGCCGCCGGGACAACAUAAAAAAAUCGCCUUGUGCCAUGUAGCGACACUUUCGCUUGGAAAUAUACCGACAAGCCCACACAGCAGAGAUCUAGUUAUUUUUACUUGCAGGUGGAAACUACAGAAAAAAAUGCAUUGAAGCUCCGUGUCGCAACUUGACUCCCAGCAAAAGCGCAGUUUUCCCCCCCACAGCAUCUGCUGGUGGGAAAAAAACACCAAGUGCAAAAGAAGAAGCGAUAUGCGGCUGGGCAGGCAGUUUGUUUUGCAGUUCGUCUUCUGGAAUUAGUGGGUGAAUGGAAAGGGAGCGGCCAUAGCCUCCAACCUGGCAAAAAAGAGAUUUUACUGUAUAAAACCUGCAGUGGCACAGAAUGGAUAUUUGUCCGUCGGUGAAGGUUAAAGAGUGAACGGAUGAGGUGAAGGUCUUCUUCCUCAGCACACACACACGCCAGCAUCUCAACUCAUCUGUAGGAGGAGGAAGACUUGGGAUUGUUUGUUGCCUGCAGGAGAAAUUCAAGGUAACCGGAUAAGCCCAGAAGAGACAAAUGUGACCAGGAAGUGUUGUACAAAGUGGACUGCAUCUUCUUGACAUGAAUCACUAUGUGUUUGGAUACCUGACUUGACCAAACGGCACAAACCUGCUACUGAUCCUGCUGUUUGAGUGAAUGUGUGGCCUGGAGGUAUUUCCAAGGGACCAUAUGGCACAAUACCACACAAUAUAGGUCCCCCUUGUUUGAGGUAACAUGGACAAAGUGGUCAUCUGUCUCCUGCUUCUGGGAACCGCAGUUACGAUGGUCCAUGCAUGUCCCAAAUAUUGUGUCUGCCAGAACCUGUCAGAGUCUCUGGGGACUCUGUGCCCCUCCAAAGGCCUGCUCUUUGUGCCACCAGACAUAGACCGGCGAACUGUAGAGCUUCGGCUGGGUGGCAACUUCAUCCUCAAGGUCACCACUCAGGACUUUGCCAACAUGACAGGUCUGGUAGAUCUCACUUUGUCCCGCAAUACAAUCAGUGCCAUCCAGCCUUUCUCUUUCAUCGACCUGGAGACAUUGAGAUCCUUACACCUGGACAGUAACCGACUGACCGAACUGGGACCAGAUGACCUCCGAGGACUGAUCAAUCUGCAGCACCUGAUCCUCAAUAACAAUCAGCUUAGUCAAAUCUCUAAAGCAGCCUUUGAUGACUUGUUACUCACUCUGGAGGAUCUUGAUUUGUCAUAUAACAACUUGCGCAGUGUGCCUUGGGAAGCCAUCCGAAAGAUGGUCAACCUCCAUCAGAUGAGUUUGGACCAUAACCUCAUCUUCUUCAUUGCAGAGGGGACUUUUACAGACUUGGAUAAAUUAGCUCGCUUGGAUCUGACCUCCAAUCGUCUCCAGAAGCUUCCUCCAGACCCCAUCUUUGCUCGCUCCCAGAGCAGUAUGGUGAUGAGCACUCCUUAUGCACCUCCACUUUCUCUAAGCUUUGGUGGGAACCCACUGCAUUGCAACUGUGAGGUGCUUUGGCUUCGAAGGCUGGACCGCGAGGAUGAUAUGGAAACUUGUGCUUCUCCUGCCAGUCUAAAAGGACGCUACUUUUGGUCUGUUCGUGAGGAGGAGUUUGUCUGUGAGCCCCCUCUAAUCACUCAACAUACACACAAGUUGUUGGUGCUGGAGGGCCAAACAGCUAGCUUGCGCUGUAAAGCUGUUGGAGAUCCGAUGCCAACUGUGCACUGGGUUGCUCCUGAUGACCGUUUGAUCAGCAACUCUUCCAGAGCCACCGUAUAUGAAAAUGGCACCCUGGACAUAGCAAUUACCACAUCCAAAGACUAUGGCAUCUUUACUUGCAUAGCUGCUAAUGCUGCAGGUGAAUCAACAGCCUCCAUUGAGCUAUCAAUAAUUCAACUCCCCCACCUGACUAAUGGUACAAAUCGUACCACACAGUCCAAGUCAGGGCUUUCAGACAUCACUAGCUCUACCAAGAUCAGUAAAGGGGAGCCAAAGCCUCUACCAGAGAAGGUGGUUUCUGUAUCAGAAGUGACUGCCGUCUCUGCUCUGGUCAAGUGGAGUGUUAGCAAAUCAACGCCGAAGGUCAAAAUGUUUCAGCUUCAGUACAACUGUUCUGAUGAUGAAGUCCUCAUUUACAGAAUGAUUCCCAUGAUUAACAGAGCCUUUGUCGUCACAAACCUUGUCCCGGGGAUGCAGUAUGACCUGUGUGUCUUGGCUAUCUGGGAUGACACUGCCACCACACUCACUGCCACUAACAUCGUCGGCUGUGUCCAGUUCAUCACUAGGGAGGACUACCCACAGUGUCAGUCCCUUCACAGCGGCUUCAUGGGUGGCACCAUGAUUCUGGUGAUUGGCGGCAUCAUUGUGGCCACGCUGCUGGUGUUUAUCAUCAUCCUCAUGGUGCGCUAUAAGGUGACCAGUGGGAUCCAGACUAGUAAAUUACCCACAGUGAGCAAUACAUACUCACAGACCAAUGGAGGAGUAAACAGGUUUAAUGGUGCCCCACCACAGGUCAAGUCCACAGUUGUUGUCAUGCGUGAGGAAAUGGUAGAGUUUAAGUGUGGAUCCCUUCAGAGUAGCCUCUCUUCAUCAUCUUCCUCCUCCAACUCAUUAGACAGCCAAAUGGGAAGAGGCCCUGGUGACCGCUACAGUGUACAGGGCAGUGAAAGCAGCACCCUCCCCAGCAGCAAGUUUAGGAGGCAUGGGCACAGCACCAAAGCACGACAAAGUCUGGACCACCUGCUAGGGGCCUUCACCGCACUGGAGCUGCGAGGGAUGGCAAAGGACCAAGGGGCUUCCUGCUCCUCCACCAUUCCCAAUGUAAAGACCACAGUGGCUGUGGCACCACCAUCUGAUAAAGAACCCCUACUCGGGAGAGCUGAGUCCACAACCAUGCUUGGACGUAUUCUAGGGUUUCCCCAGGAGGGAAAGCCUAAGAGGAGCCACUCGUUUGACAUGGGUCACGUAGGGGCGGAACAGUGCCGCAGCACCCAGCCGCGAAGGAUCAGUAACAUCUGGACUAAGCGCAGUCUGUCUGUUAAUGGCAUGCUGCUGCAAUAUGAGGACAGUGGAGAUGAGAAGCCGUCCUUUGAAAGCUCUGAGUGGGUGAUGGAGAGCACAGUUUGAGAACAGAGGAAUUGCGCAGUCCAUGGCUAAACAAUUAAUCAAAUCAGACACUAAAGAAACUUGAGCAUAGAGCGAGAGGAUUUCAAAGGGAGCUGUCUUUGGUACUGCAUGAAGUUCAACCAUGUGAAUAAUGUUUAAAAGAUGUAAGAAAAGACAGAGAAAAUCUAUAGAUAACUGGCCAUGAUUGAAACUUUCCGACAGUGAUGACUUUAUUUGAAUAAUGCUCAGUUUUUAAACAAAUAGACGUUACCCAUGGAAUAAACCCCAAUCCACAGUCAAAAAGAAAGAUAAGGAAUUCUGUAUGGACUUUGUGCAUCUGUCAAAGGACCUGAUUACCAAAAGGAUUUGGUUUGAGCGUGGAGAACUGGAUCACAAUGUUAUGGACCUUUCAGUGUGAUACAGGAUCACUGGAACAGUAGAGAGAGGCCAGAGGAGCUAUAACAGUAAAGGAUUAAAAGAGAGUCAUUUUUAUUUUCAUCUGUGUUUUUCUAUCAAUUUUACUAUUUAUUAUUUUGGGUUAUUCAUCAGAAGGCAGAGACGUAGCUCAGUAAAGAGGUUGUAGUUCUCACGCAGAAGCUCGUCUCUCACACAGCCAUUUCAUUCACUUUCAGGCAAACUGACAACAAAAUUUAUGCCCUAGGUAUUAGUAACACUGAACUACAGAAAGCCAGUCUUGUAUUUCUACCUCAGGUUAUGUAUGAAAUGAGGUUCUUCAUAUGUGGCAGUAAGAAAAAAAUCACACCUGCUCAAGAUGGAUCAGAAACAGAUCUAGACGCAAAGUACUUUGCUUGUCCUCGGAGAACUAAUUGGCCUCCAAGCAGUUAGAGCCAGAAUUUUUCUCCCAAAUGGUUGGUGCUGGUGGCAGCGCUCCCUGUAGGCUAAAAGGCCAUUGGUGUAAACAGUUCUUGCCUUGGGGUGCUGUUUCAGAUGCUAUCGGUACAUAUUACAGUAGCCAGAUGAGAGUGAUGUUUAAAAUCAAUCAAGCCCAUUUAAUCAUUUGCCCAAAGCAGCUAACAUUAUGAUGUAUCACCAGGCUGUGAUUCUCUUCAGGCUACACAAAUAGGAGAGUACAAUGAUUACUCAUUUAGCCAGGUUAAAUUGAGGAAUUUGUCAUUUAUCAGCUGGAUAAAAGUCAUUGUGCUGCUUAUGUGAGGAUACUCCACAGAGAAAACAAGGUGGGAGAUAAUUUAUUAAGAGCCAAUAAGAAGAAAAGUCUGGAAAUCUGCUUCACCAGAUUGCAUGAUGCAUAACCUUUUUUUUUUUUUUUUUUUUUGACUUGCUUUACAAGAGGAAAAUGAGAAAAUCGUCUUUCAUUCUCUUUCAUACAGAGCUGUACAUUGCAGUAAUAUUCUUUGAAUUAGUCACUUUUCAGAUCACUGCCUACGAUCAAUUGCAUUUUAAUGCCUUUCUUGAUAUUCUGUUGGACUGAAUCACAUUGUGGUUUAGUCUCCUACUCCUACAGUAGGUGUACUGUUCUGUAUAUUGGCAUAUUUUUUGUACAAUAACUG